UUUAAGUUGGAGGGGAAUAUCAGUGAUAAAAGCCUCAUGAAUGAUUCUCAAAGUUCAGUUAGUCAAGAGCAAGAAAUUUUCUCAUGUGUUAUGGAACACAACUCCACCAUAAUUUGACAUCUUGAAUCCUGUGCAUGUGGGAUCUAAUAAACAGAAACAAAUCAUAGAUUUUACUUGCCUAGAUUCUCCUAAAGGAGAUAACAUGGAAGCCAUUGCAAAAUUUGACUUUAAUGCAUCAGGAGAGGAUGAGCUAAGUUUCCAAGCACAAGAUGUUCUGAAGAUCUUAAGCUCUCAGGAAAAUUGGUAUAGAGCUGAGUUGAAGAAUUAUGAGGGAUAUGUCCCAAAGAAUUAUAUUGAUUUUCAGGUUCCCGGCUGGUUCCAAGAGAAAGUAUCCCGCCACAUGGCUGAGACGAUGCUCAGGGAUAAAGGAGUUGGUGCUUUCAUAGUCCGAGCUAGUCAGAACUCCCCAGGAGAUUUCUCUAUCUCUGUCAGGCAUGAAGAGGAUGUCCAGCAUUUUAAAGUGAUGAAGGACACAAACAGCAAUUAUUUUCUAUGGAGUGAAAAGUUUCAGUCACUAAACAAACUUGUGGAGUAUUACAAGAAUGUCUCCAUCUCCAAAAACAAACAGAUUUUUCUGAGAGAAGAAACCAAGAAAGGAUCACAAGUAAAUCUUAGAGAGGAACCAUGUGAUAAGAACCAAUAUAAAAAGGAGCAGGAAGCACUCCAUCCAUCAAUAAAAGAUGCAAGACCAUCAGAGCCCAAUAAAUAUGAGGAUCCUUUUGCAUCUUGGCAUCAUAAGCAGAAUAGACAUGGCAGAAGCUUGGAUAUUCAAGAUCGGCCUAAGGGCCCAAAGGAUUGUAAAGAACUAAGUGCAACAUCUAUGUUCCGGAGACACACUGAUCCAGCGCAACAAGUACAGAGGCCAAAAUGGGUCCGGGCCUUGUAUGAUUUUGAGGCGGCAGAGGACGAUGAGCUAGGAUUCUGUACCGGAGACGUCAUAGAAGUUCUCGACAACUCUGAUGAACAUUGGUGGAAAGGCUGUUUGCAUGGAAUGUUUGGACUCUUUCCUGCCAACUACGUGCAGCCAAUGAAGUAAUAAAUUGUCACUGUUUCUCAUGGGGGAUUAAUAAGAAUGUGCCAUUGUAUAAAUAGAAGAUACUCUUAAAAUGUCUGCUUAAUGUUUGUAGCUCCAAAAUCUUAACUAUUAUUAAUUAUUAUUCAAACAUACCACCUCCGUUGCAGUUCACAUGUUCAGGAAGCACUGAGCUAUGGACAGCUUUGAUUUGUUUGAAACAUUAUAGCAGAAACGUCCUUUUUGGAGCACUGUCUCAACUCUUAAAUUCAUUCAGUACUUUUAAAAUUUUAGAAAGUAGAUUAAAAUAUAUAGGUAGUCCUCAAUUUACAACCAUAACUGAGCCCAAAAUUUCUAUUGCUAACAAGACCAUUGUUAAGUGCAUUUUGCCCCAUUUUAUGACCUUUCUUGCCACAGUCAUUAAGUGAAUCACUGGAGUUGUUAAGUUAGUAACAUGGUUGCUAAGUAAACCUGGUUUCUUCACUGACUUUGCUUGCCAGAAGGUCCCAAAAGGUGAUCACACAAGUCUGGCAACCAUCAUAAAUAGAACCAGUUGCCAAGCGACUGAAUUUUGAUCACGUAUCUGUGGGGAUGCUGCAACAGUCGUAAAUGUGAAAAACAAUCAUACGUCCCUUUUUUCAGUGCCAUUGUAACUUCAAACAGUCACUAAAUGAACUGUUGUAAGUAAAAAACUACCUAUAUUUAAUUGUACAAAUGUACAUGCAGAACUUUAAUUUUUUAAAAAAGGAAAACAAAACAAAACAAAAUCCAAGAAAAUGAUUUAAAUAGUAUUCAAUUUGUUGAUCUGUACACCUAUCAUUUGCAUUCAUUUUUCUGGAGAAAUUUGAUUCAGCCCAGUUGAGAAAAAUACAGUUUUUUUCUAUCUUGGUUUGAGUUUUUUCCGUACUCUGAGUCCCUACUUUUUGUAAGAUUAUAAAUUUCUAGUAAGAAAGCUUGUAAAAUUGCUCUGAUUGUUCUUCCAAAUAUUGUAAUGUAUACAUGCUUAUUCCACUGAACAAAUGCCUGAGAAUAUUAACAUUUUGCCCUGGAACUGGAGCAAAUGUUUCAUUUUAGAGUAAAUUUCUACUUCCUGAUACAUGGAAAGAACAAGCAACCCGUUGAAGAAUUUGAAUUGUAGCCACUAUGCUAAUAGUGCCUCCUACAUAACAUCACAUAGCUCCAUAGCUGAUUCACAGGGCAAAUCCGCAAAGUAAACAUGUCUCAGCUUUAUACCUGAUAGUAAUAAAUUCCUUCAAAGAGUAUUAGAAAUUCAAUUAUAAUAAAUAUGCUAUUGUUCGUAAACUAUUAAUCCAAGGUAUGUCCUGUCUCCUCCCAAGUGAAAUCAAGAAAAAUACUUAUCAGUAAUUAUAUUUACAUAAACUGUUCAUGUCAUAUUUUUUUUUACCAUCGUACAUGUAUUAUUUUGUUGUAGUUCCUGAACAAGUUCUCCUAGGCUGGUAAGAGAUGCUCUAGUGGAAGGUGUGGUUUAUAGAAAAACAAUAUAGAAUAAAAAAUAAAUGUUUUAGCAAUCUAGAUUCCCAAAAUAUACCACCCUUGUUCACAUUAGCCUUGUUUGGGUAUGAUGAUUUUAAAUGGGUAGCAUGACAGAACUACAUAUUCUAAUUGUAUCAUAUAUCUAUGAUAGAUAUCUAAAUAUAUUUACCACUGCUGUAGCAAAAUCUAGGUGGAACAUUUUCUGGUAUUGUUGAAACCUUCCACUACCUCAAAAAGAACUUGGAGUAAACCUUGUAACUCAACUUUACAAAAGCAUUUUAUACAGUGGUAAGAUUCCACCGGUUUGGGCCGGUUUGGGCGAGCUGGUAGUUAAAUUGCUGACUGGCCCCUCCCCGCCCCUCCAGUAGGCUGCAGGGAGGCCUACUAGGCCCAAAAUGGGGUGCAAGGUGCAGCAUGGCCCCCCACAGCCCAUUAUUGCUCCCAGGAGGCUGCAGGGAGCCCUACUAGGCCCAAAACGGGGCACAGGGGCAGUGCAUCCCUUCCGCUGCCCAUUUUUGCUCCCCAAGGGGUGCAGGAGGCCGAGUGCUGCCUGUCAAACAACCCUGGCCAUGCCCACCUGGCCACGCCCACCCAGCCGGUCAUUAGGGCAGAGAACCGGUUGUUAAAUUAUUUGAAUCCCACCACUGAUGAUAUAUGGUUACUUUACCGUAAUUCUGAUGACUGGUUUAACUGACCUUAAAAAUAAUUCUGUAGAAAUAGAUAACUAGUAAUCUUUUGUGAAUGGUAACUGAACGUUCUGAAUGACUUAUUUCAGCCAAAUCAUCCUGAUUUUUUAAAAAAAUCAUUUUUAAAAAUACAAGUACAAUAUCAUCAUGGUAAACAAUAUUUAUCAAUGCUGACAAACCACUGCCCAUUCCUUUCACCGUCAGAAGAGUCUUUAAUGUAAGUAAAAGCUUUUUGAAGUGGCCUCAUUUGCAUGAAACAUAAAAGAUUCCAUUUACGUUAAUAGAAGCAGCAACUGGAAAGAACUGUAAAUGUAGAUAUCAGCUACUAUAGGAAGCAGACAAAUAGAAGAUUCACAAUGAAUUUAAAUGCAAAAUAUAGAGUCAAAAUAUUGCAUGCAUUAAGAAAUAAUGCCCCAAAAUGUUAGAAAGGAUAAUGUAUAAGUUACUGCAAAAGGCAAAAGACAACUUUCCACUCAUUAAAACUUCAUAAGUAGCCAAUUAAAGAAAUGUAGAAUACCUUGCCUAAGUGUCCCACUAUAUGAUAAGGAACAUUAGCUCCAGUUCAGCUUCCUUAUAGCUUUUUUGACUGAAUAAAUAUUUCUAAUGCAUUCUACCUACAGUAUGUCUCGUCUUCCCCAAACUAUUGCUGAAUAUCAAUAGUCUGUUCUGCAAGUGACUGCAAAUCCUCGUACAAAGAUGUAUUAUAUCCUACUGCAGUUUACAAAUACCUACGGACUGAAUGUUAAUCCUAACCUUAAAGCAGUCUUAGAAUAUAGAAUAUAUAGAAUAACAGAGUUGCAAGAGACUUUGGAGGUCUUCUAGUCCAACCCCCUGCUUAGGCAGGAAACUAGUGCUAUCUUCCCAAACUAGUGGUGUCCUGCUAUGUUGGGAUUAAGACUUCAAGAAUUCCCAACUAAAAAAGCUUUCUGUAACUUUGAUUAGGAAUUCUGUGACCUGUAAACCCAACAUACCUGGGUAACAGUGCUUUAUGGCUUUGUUAGGGAGGAAGGCAGGCAUUGUUUCAGAAACUUGUCCUUCCCGACCCUUUUAUAAAAGGGAUGCGGUGGCUCAGUGGCUAAGACGUUGAGCUUGUUGAUCGAAAGGUCAGCAGUUCAGCGGUUCGAAUCCCUAGUGCUGUGUAACAGGGUGAAUUCCCGUUACUUGUCCCAGCUUCUGCCAACCUAGCAGUUCGAAAGCACGUAAAAAAUGCAAGUAGAAAAAUAGGGACCACCUUUGGUGGGAAGGUAACAGUGUUCUGUGCGCCUUUGGGGUUUAGUCAUGCUGGCCACAUGACCAUGGAGUCGUCUUUGGACAGCGCUGGCUAUUUGCCUUUGAAACGGAGAUGAACACCGCCCCCUAGAGCCGGGAACGACUUACACAUAUGUGCGAUGGGAACCUUUACCUUUAUACCCUUUUAUAGAACUUCAGCCCCUAACACAAUGCAAAUCUUGCAUACAGUGCUCCUGAAGGAGGUACUGCCCUCCAGUUUAAGGAUCAUUCAGCACUGGAUACCUACCAUUAUACAUAAAUCAAGUUCACUCAUUAUGUUAACCCAUAAUUUGUUUAAUCAUGGCUUACUGAGUACGCCACAAAUUAUCAUCAUGUUACCCAAUUUGGAAAUGAAAUAACUGCAAGAAAACAACCAAGCUCAGAGAACACCAAGGAUCCCACAGUUCAAUUCUGAACUAUAGAUAUUCUCUUCUCUCAGUUUACAAACUGUAAUGGCUAAAUUAAUAGAUUACACAAACUAAAACCAAACAAACCACAUUAUUAUUAAGAGUAAUACAUAGAUCGAGGUUUACUGUGCACAUGCAGUGAUCAGGAUAAGUAAAAGUAGAAGAAACUCUGUUAGUCCUCUUUGCUACCCUCUCACAAACAGCAGAUUUAUGUUAUCCCCAACAGAAGACCUUUUCCCUGAUUUUGGUUCCAGGCUAUGAAUGCAUAUAUUUGGUCAUUUCUUGAUAGGCCUUCUCUCCUUAUACAGUAUACACUAGACCUUAAUCAGGGUGCACUGUUAGGAAAUCUCGGGUGGGGGCGGGGGAGACCCUUCUUUACUUCAGUUUUUUCAUAAUUGUAACUUAUUGCUCUUAUUUUGAAUUGCAUCCUUAUUUUUAAUGUGUGUAAACUUCAGAUUGAUGCCAAUGGAUUGUAUUUAUUUUCUUAUUUUAUUAUCUGUAUUUUUUUUACUGUAAUCCACCUUGAAAGAUAGGUAUUUUUAAAUAGGAUAAAUAUAAUAUGUACAUAUAUAAAUACUGUUGAGGUAAUGUUUAGAUAUUAAGUUAGUUUGAUAUAUUAAAUUAUUUAGUGAUUCUUUAUAACAUUUCUAAACUAUUCAAAUUAUAGUUUUAUUGUUUUUGCAUGGUGUCAUUUUUGUUUUUAUUGUGAUUGGAUAAGAAAAACGGAGGUCAAUCUCUAAGACAGGGUUUCCCAACUUUAGUGAUUUCCAGUUCCUGCUGAACUUAUUCUGUCGUACUCUGAAUAAACACAAAUUCUAGAGCUGAGCAUGUUUUGAAAAUGAUUAAAAGUUCUUUGGACUUCACACAAGCAUGGCUCUUCACUAUUCAUUAAAGAAGCCCAACUUUCUUAGGUGUUUGUUUGAACCUGGAAAAAAUGCUGCCUUUUAAGCAAACACAUUGACUUUUAGAAGAUUCUUUAAAGCAGCAGAUUUGAAGGGGGUGCACACUUAUGCAACCACAUUAUUAUAAGUUUUUUAUUUUUAUUUCCCCCCCCCCAAAAAAAAGGUCUGUUUGUUUUUCAAUUGAAUUGCACAGCUUAUAUGUUAUAUUAAAGGUGAAAAAAAAUCUGUAGUAGUUUAUCUUCGUCUGAUAUUUUUUUUUACAUCUUUUUACAACUGGCAUUUAACAUGGGUGUAUUUAUAUCCACUGUAUUUAAAUUCAUUCUACUGGUUCCAUAUCAAGGAGGUUCAUGAUUUCAAAGAAAUUCCUGAUAUUCUCCUUCUAAAUGAGUUCUGAAGACUUUAAUGUAGCCUUGUCAUAUAACCAUUAAUAUCCUGAAAGAUGCUCAGCCUCUUCUCAGUAGCACGUUGAAUGCCAUCAGGCUUGAGGUAAUCUGGUACUAUAUUGUCAAUUGCUUUAUCUCAGCAUUUUUCAAACUUGGCUUCAGACAACUGGGAAAUUCUGGGAGUUGAAGUCCACGUGUUAAAGUUGCCAGGUUUGAAAGACACUACUUUAUCUUAUCUAUUGACAUUUGGGGGGGAGGGGGAUAAAAUGGAAUAAUUUGUCAUGACUUUCUCCCAUGCAAUAUCAAAUGAUGCAUUUGCAAUUGUCAUUAAAAUGAUCAUUUGCUUCUAACAUCUUCCUAUAUAACUAUUGCCGAAUAUAGGUGCCUAUUUGCUUUAACUGGCAAAUGGGAUCAGUCUGGGUGAAAUCUGCUGGAGUAUAUACUAUUACUAUGCACUCCAGGGUUUUCACUCAUCCCUCCUAAGAACACUCCAUCAUGUUGAGCAGCACAGCAGGAUUUGGGGGGACGGACUUACUAAUCUUUCAUAAAUUUUUAAAGGCAUAGCUUUUCCAGAGGCUGUAUGUAUUAUAAUCUCCUCUCUGUUAUUGGAUUAGAUUUUCUUGCCUUUUUCCCCAAUGUGCUGUUAGAUAUAAGUUUGUCAUAGUUGUUAAUUCUGAUAUAUAACCUGCCUGGAGUUGAAUUUGUGACUGAGGUAACACACACAUUAAUUAUAUAAAUAAGUUGCCUCUUGGAAAUUUGUCAUACUUUUUCCUCUCAAAAACAGCAACUAGUUCUAUAAAUGCAGACCAUAUGUAAUCCAUAUAUAUAAUCCAUGUACAGUUGUAGAGUUAAAAGUAAAGAUUGAUAUAUGACAGGGUGUGACAAAAAUUCAGAUAUCUGGACUGGAGGGCCUAAAAAUUGGCUUUUUUCCAAAUUACAAAUCAGGGUCUGAUUCAAAGUGUGUAAUGAUUCUGUCUAUACUUGUACUGAGUUUAAAAAAAGAAAAAAGAAAAGAAAAAAAGAAGAGAAGAGAAGAGAAAUAUAGUGAUGAAACUAUUCAAGACUAGCCUUUUGAACAGCCAUGAAACAUCUUUUAUUCUGCGUUGUCUUUUCUGAGUUAAUGCUUUCUGCAUAUUUUUACCACUGGGUGAAAUUCUACUUUGAUUUCAUAGUAUUCAUUUAAUUGAUAGCACAAAUUUUAAUGUACAGAAGUGGGUGUACAACAAAUGUAUAUUUUACAGUUUCUCAUAUGUAAAAAGAGGGAUAAUUAUAUUUAAUUACUUGUCAUAUAGCAAUAUUCUAAGAGUAAAUUAAUAAUUUGAAGAUAUUGCUUGUUAUAAAGCUUAAAUAUACAGUACUGUAUAUAUUGAGAUGUGACGAUUGUCUUCUUGUUUUUUUAAUGAAAAAAAUAAAAUAGAAGUUAAUUUUA